UUACAUGAUUGAUUAUGUAGUGUGCAGCUGGAAUAAUCUCUGAAAUUUCUAUCACCAGUGUGAAUUCAACUACAGUUACUGGUUUGAAACUUUUGAUCUUUGUUUAAUUGGGUGUGAGUUUGUUUACUGGUCUAAUUGAUUCAGAGAAUAACAUGUUUUUUACUCUAAACUGAGAUUGUCCAAGUUCUCUUGAAUCUAAUCACACAAGAUGGAUAACAGAUUGGAUAAGUGCUAAUGAGCAUUAUGGUAAAAAAUUCAUUCUUUUAUAAGAAGCAUCUACAUAUGUAGUUGAUGUGUUUAGAGUUUCCAAGUAAUGAAUAUGUUAGGUUGUCACUUUUUAUUUCUCCUUCAAAAGAUAACUGAACCUUGGCAUGCACUAUGCAACUAAAUACAGAAAUGCUGUUUUACACGACACUUGAGUGCACAACCUAGCACGACCACGUGUUUUCUGUUUCAAUCUAUUUUUGCAAAUAAUAAAAUAAAAAAACUGGAAACAGAGAAUUUAAACGGGGUAGUGCAUUUUCCGAUGUACCAAAAAAAAAAAAACGGGGUAGUGCAGAGUCGUGCCAUUUUUUGUAGUGCAAUAUAGCAAUGCUGAACUAAAUAUAUGGUAUGUGCCUGCUGCGGGCAACUAGCUGAGCAACCAUUUGACAGAUUCUUCUUUUGCUUCCUGUUUUUGUCAUUUGACAUGUAAUGCUGAAUGGACAUGUUGGUGAACGUUGACUUUCAGAUCCUAAUGGGUCUGGCGGAGACGGACACGAUGAUUUCUGCUGCUGGAGUAGCAACUAAACAGCCUCUUUUUUCUUUUGGAUUGAUUUCUGAUGUCCAAUAUGCCGAUAUUCCUGAUGGUCGCUCAUUCCUUGGUGUUCCACGGUAUUAUAGGCAUAGUAUUCUUAUAUUGCAGAGAGCAGUUAAAGAAUGGAAUACUCAUCAUAAGCAUAUAUUUGUUAUUAAUUUUGGAGAUAUUGUCGAUGGGUAUUGUCCCAGAGAUCAGUCUCUUAAUACUGUAAAGAAAGUUGUGGAUGAAUUUGAGAUGUUCAACGGACCCGUGUAUCAUAUGAUUGGUAAUCACUGCUUGUACAAUCUUCCUCGCAGCGAGUUGCUUCCACUAUUGAAGAUUCAAACUCUCGAUGGCCGUGCUUAUUAUGAUUUCUCGCCGGUGCCUGAAUAUAGAUUUGUGGUUCUGGAUACCUAUGACAUCAGUGCCCUUGGUUGGCCUCAAGAUCAUCCAAAGGCACUGGAGGCCAUGAAAUUACUUAGGGAGAAGAAUCCAAAUGAAAAUAAGGACAGUCCAAAUAAUUUGGAGGGACUUGAAAGAAGGUUUCUUAAGUUUAAUGGAGCCGUUGGAAAGGAACAGAUGGAAUGGUUGGAUGGUGUUCUGCAGGAGGCGACAGAGUUGGAACAAAAGGUGGUUGUCUGUAGCCAUCUGCCCCUUGAUCCUGGGGCAACAUCCAAGGAGGCACUGUUGUGGAAUUAUGAUGAAGUAAUGAAUUUGAUGCACAGAUACAAUUGUGUUAAGGUUUGUCUUGCUGGACAUAAUCAUACAGGAGGGUCCUCCAUUGAUGCUCAUGGGGUACACCAUAGAGUUCUUGAAGCUGCUCUGGAGUGUCCUCCUGGGACAGAUGCAUUUGGAAGCGUUGAUGUCUAUGAUGACAAGAUAUCACUUGUUGGAACCGACAAGAUGGAGAGUACUGACAUGCAUUUUAAUCCCUGAAUUGUAUGACAGGUUGUGUUGAUGUUUGGAUGACACAUUCUUUUAUUAAUAAUGAAGUACUCUUAUGAUCUUGUUAGUGUCCUACCGGUGGUAAAGUUUCUACUUAAAGUUGGAAUAACUCAGUUGAGCUGGUACUGAUCACUAGUAAAUUCUUGAUUCAGCUGCUGGACAUGUUACCUUCCUUUUUUAGAGGCAAGGAUUCAAUAUGCUGCAUUAGGGGUCACCUUGCUUUGGAAUUGGAUUUUGUAAAACUGGUAUGCAGCUUUGCUCCAUUGAUUGACAUAUAUUCAAAUGAAAACCUUUCUAUGAUUGAUAUUGAAAACCUUGGUACCCAUAUAACUGACCUCUCAUAGCCUGAUAAGACUUUUAUCAUUGUUGUUGAAAACAGAUAUUUGACAUUUUGACUACUUUGUACUUUGACUAACAACUCAGUUCAUUUCUGGUGCCUCUGCUCUUUACGAACUAAAA